AUACGUCACGUAUGGUCUCCACGUGUGGUUCUUAGCGGAAGACGGACACAUUUCGAGUGUUUUUAUAGUAGGGACUGUGUGGGAAUAGGCGAACUACUUAAAUUUAUACAUACGUUUGGGUGCAAAUAUGCUGCUGUCAAUGGAUACAUUAGCCGCAGCUGACAGUAAAGCAGAGAAUGAGAGUCUAGGAGACGAACUCAAAGGAAAUAAAAGAAAAGUGUCUCUAGCAAAAUGUGGUGUGUGUGGCUAUGAAGAAUCAAGAUAUAGAUGCCCCGGCUGCCUCAAACACUCAUGCAGCUUGUCCUGUGUAAAAAAGCACAAAGAGGAGUCCGGGUGUAGUGGAGUUCGUGACAAGACUGCCUUUGUGGCCCUUUCCAAGAUGGAUGAAAUGAACUUACUCAGUGACUACAGGUUUCUUGAGGACACCGGUAGGAUGGCAGACAGUGCCAGCCGAGAUACCCUGGUCCGCGGCCCUCCUGUUAACUUCAGAGCUAAGAGGCUAACAGCCCAGGCGAGGAGGCUGAACAUCACAUUGAGGUUUCUCCCCAAAACAUUCUCCAAGAGCAGAGAGAACUCUACCAUCUGUCUGAAGAAAGAGAAUCGGUUCCUCUGGCACCUGAAGUUGCUGUUCCCUCAGAGCAGCUCAGAAUUCACAGAGAGGAGGGUUUCGGAUGACCAGACACUUGAACAGAUCCUCACCCCCUACAUCCACCCAACGGAGUCUGAGCCAGUUAGACGUCAAAAGUUAAAGAUGUAUGUCCACAGCCCAUUUGAUCACAUCAGGGUCUUCAUGAAGGUUGAAGGCAGAAAGGCCAACUCUGUGAGGUAUCUUGAGCUGGACGUGGCUAAGACCCUGAAGGACAACCUAAAGUUCCAGCUGGUGAUUGAGUACCCAUCGCUACACAUCCUUCUCAAAGACCACUGCCAGGACUACCCAGUGACAGGACCAGAGGAGGCUGUGUCAGCCCGUGGCUGUCCGACAAUGGAGGGGAGAUGUCGGGGGGAUAGUCGUACCAAGGAGGAGGGGACAGGGGCCUCACAGUCCCCCCUGCCGGGGAGCUCUCCUGACACGGAACCACCCAAGGAGAAAAGAGCCAAGAUGGAGCCGAAGGAACUCGAGGAUGGGGAGAUUGUAGACACUGAUGAAGAGGAUGGUGUAGUUGAUAAGACGGAGGAAGAGCGUGUUGGUGGUCGUGGUGGUAGCGGGGAUGAGGAGAUGACGGCUGAUGGUCUCCAUGGUGACUGCCAGGACAAUGACAACCCAAACAAUGUUCAUAUCCCCGGUGAAGCAGGUGUUUGUUCUGUCAGCGACGCUGGAGCAGUUGAUGUUAAAAUGACUGAGGAGACCCAGGGAGAGGGAGAGGGCCAGAGUAUGACGUCUGCUGAUGUCUUGACCCGUUUCCCCAUCAAUUCCCACGCGCACCCUGAUGGUAACGUUCAUAUUAGCCAUUACAACAGCGGGGUUGAUAGUCAUGUUAGUAAUUCUGUCGACAGCCAUGUUGAUUGUCCUUCUGAUGAUGUAAAAGCUGAAGAGGGGGUAUCCGACAAGUGAACUCAAAUGAUGAGGUAUAUAGAGAAAGUACAUUUUGCCAAGACAAAUAGGGUUCUUUCUGUUCUGAAUCCUUUGGUGCAGUCCUGAAUCGGUGCAGUGUUUCUGUAGCCUGUCAGAGCGCUGAGCGUGUGCUGCCUAGCUGACAUUAUAGAAGUGGGGUGAUGAACGUGUCCUAUAGGUGUUAUACUCUCAGAUAAAAAAAAAACUUGUCCUUCAAUGAUUUAGCCACCCAAUGUUUUCUACUUUUUCAAGGCUAUAGACACCAAUAAUCUUUUGACGCGGUUUGGAUAAUUUUGUUUUCUUAGGGUUCUAUCUGCAAAAGAAAACCAUCCAUUGGUCAAACAUUUCUCAUUGGACACCUUAUAAAACCUUGGAAGGCGAUGUUUUCAUUAUGUAAUCAGAUGUUGCCAUUUGACCUAGAUGCAAUAGCGCAUGUUUAUGUCCUCGUUUACUUGUGGUAAUUCCAAUCACAUUGAUAUCUCUGGCUGCAAAGUUUUUCAUCUAUUUUUGUUCUUUUUAAACAUCUAUUGAGAUGAUUUCUAAAUAAAUGAAUAAUUUCACAUUA